AUGGUGUUCGAAUCGUUAGUUGUUGAUCUGAUUAACAAAUAUCUCGGAGAUUAUGUUGAAAAUUUGGAUCGAUCACAGCUGAAGCUUGGGAUAUGGGGAGGUGAUGCUGUACUACAGAACCUUGACUUAAAGGAAAGUGCACUGGAUGACCUUGACCUCCCAGUCAAGAUAAAAGCUGGACAUAUAGGAAAACUGACAUUGAAGAUUCCUUGGAAGAACCUGUAUACCGAGCCUGUGAUCGCGUCCAUUGAUGGCAUUUAUGCCCUGGCUGUUCCGAACAUUGCAAUUAGGUAUAAUGCCGAGAAGGAAGAGAAAGCUAAACAGGAGGCGAAACAGAGACGAUUACAGCAAAUUGAAGAGGCUAAACAACUGGAGGCUGAGAAGAACAAACCCAAGGACCCCAAAAAGGACUCUUUUGCUGAGAAAAUGGCGACACAGAUUAUAAAAAAUCUCCAAGUAGAGGUGAAAAAUAUCCACGUCCGUUAUGAGGACUCCUACACCAACCCAAAACGUCCGUUUUCGCUAGGAGUCACACUUCAGGAACUUCUAUUCCGGACGACAGAUGAGAACUGGACACCAUGUAUCCUGAGAGAAGCAGUUACUCAAAUCUAUAAGCUCGUCAGACUGGAUUCACUGGCUGUAUACUGGAACAGUAACUCAGAAUGCCUGGACGGUACAGAUAAAGCCGUCAUACUGGAGAAGCUGAAGUCAGAUAUCGCCAGUAAAGACAAGAAAACACAGAGUCAGUACUUGAUAAGGCCUAUAUCUUUGGUGUCACAUCUACGUCUGAACACGAAGCCGGAACAAACAAAGUUUACGAUUCCUAAGAUCUACCUCACACUGGUAUUUGAUGACAUCGCAGUCAUGCUCUCCAAAAUGCAGUAUACUGAUAUACUGGAAAUGUUGGAGGCUCUAGAGAGGAUGACACUAAGAGGAGUAUACAGGAAGUACAGGCCGGAGGUUCAAGUACAUCAGCACUCCAAACAGUGGUGGCAUUUUGCAAUGACUAGUGUGUUGGAAGAGACAGUGCGACGCCGUCACCGCAUGUGGUCGUGGAAUCACAUCAGUCGACAUCGUAAAAACAUGCGUGAUUACAGGGAAGCCUAUAUAAAGAAACUAGACAGUAAGAAAGUAGCCAGCGAUGUACAGAAGAAGAUUGAGGAAUGUGAACGAGUAUUGGAUGUUUUCAGUCUCACAUUGAUGAGACAGCAAGCUGAAGUGGAGGCGGCGAAGCUUGGUGCUAAGAGAGAGAAAGAGAAGGAAGAGAAAGGCUGGUUUGGCGGAUUAUUUGGAGGAAAGAAGAAAAAAGAAAGUGUGUCCAGUAAAGACGCAGGCGACAUUCAGGAGAAAUUCCAGGAACUUUACACUCCUGAAGAAAAGGCCAAACUAUACAGUGCUAUUGGUUACCAGGAGAAUGAGUCUGAUCCAACGUUACCAAAAGAGUUUGUAGCAGUGAAGUUUGUGACCAAAUUAACAAACCUGUCAUUUACCCUGAAGGAUGACAGUAGAAGAGAUCCACAAAUUUUACGGCUACAAUUGAAAGACGUUUUUUCAUCAUUCGGACAAAGACCUGCAGCUUCAGCUAUACAACUGGAGGCUAAGAUUGACCGGUUCACUGUUAAUGGUGUCCAGCAGAACGGUCAGACUCCACGGAUGGUUGUAUCACAGACGGAGGAGGCUGACCAAGUGUACUCCCUCCUGGAUGUCCAGGUUGAAACUAAUCCACUAGAUGGCGCUUGUGACACAAGAGUUCGGGUCAAUGCUCGACCGUUACAAAUGGUUUAUGAUGCUGUGACUGUGAACCAGUUGGCUGAAUUUUUCAAACCUCCUGAGGAAAUUCGUCUUCAACAGAUAAACCUACAGUUAUCACAGGCUGCUGUUGCUAAAUUUGAAGACUUCAAAGAGCAGUCAGCGACAGGACUUCAGCAUGCCAUAGACAUGCGCAAAUAUACAGACAUAAGGAUUGAUGUCAAGUCAUCUUACGUCAUUGUACCAGAGGGAGGCUUCUACAAAAAGAAUUGUAGGCAGUUGAUCCUUGACCUUGGUAAUCUGAAGGUCAACAGUGAAAAGAACCAAACAUCUUCUGGGGUUAAGGGUCAGCAUGAGUCAAAGUUCAGGGCGGCAGCCUUGAAAGCAGGACAGAGUCAGCCGAGAAGAAAACUGGUGGACACCGUGGAAGAGAUUAUAAAGAGAGCAUAUGAUAAAUUCAACAUCGAAAUUGACAGAACACAGAUCCUGUUUGUUAAUGCAGGAGAUGACUGGCAGGCUGUGAGGACAUUUGCAGCGUCCCCACUACAUGUGCUAGAGCCUAUAUCUCUAACAGUGUGUCUACAGAAGUGUAUGUUUGACAAAGACUCCCGUAUGGCCAAGAUGAAAGUUUCUGGCGAGUUGAAGCUUCUGAGUCUGACAAUAUCAGAUGCCCGGUUACAGGAGAUUCUACAACUCGUAGACAGUAUACCACUCCCUGAGUCAGCUCCCACACACGAGGAGGAAGAUGUCUUCAAGAGUGCUACAGACAUCCCUGUGACAGACCUGAAUUCUAACCAGUUAAGUCUGGCUGAUGUAGCAGUUGUGGCUGUAGGGGACAAGGUAAGUGAGGGACAGGAGGUAGAGCGGUCGAUCUCGCAGGAUCUUACCAACUACACAGACUUAGAAUUUAAGUUUGAAGUGAAGAAGGUGUGUGUGAACUUAUUACAACAUACAAAUAUGGAAGAUGUACUUGUACUGAAGCUUGUUGUGGAGUCAGUUGGUACGCAACUGGCAAUACGUACACAUGACAUGAAUGUGGAGGCUUACAUUGGUGGCAUCUACCUGCAGUAUUUAAAGGAGAAAGCCUCCGAAACAUUGGUUCAAAAGUUAGAAGCUGCAAAAGCCUUGCACACACUCAAAGUGACCAGUGGAGGGCCUUUGAUCAACCUCAUUAACACACCCUCUGUAGAUGACCACAAGUACCGUCUACUGACCAUUCACUAUGUCAAGGCUAAUGCUGAUGGUCCAGAAUUUGCAACUACACACCAGAAAACUGAACAGUCUGUGACCGUGACCUUCACAGCCCUGGAGGUGAUGCUUCACCAGGAGGCGUUACUCUCUCUCAUUGUCUUUGCCGAGGGCCUGCAGCCGCCACCAAAACCUCAUGUGGAGGUUAAAACAAGCACCACCAGUGAGAAAAAGGAAGAAUCAACAGAGAAAAAGGACCAUCAGAAAUCAGGUUUAAAAAAGAAGAAAAAAGAGAAGGAUCCAGACCAGGUAGACAUACGAGUCAAUGCUCAGCUAGACCAGAUCGGCGUGACCAUCUGUACUAAGCACAACCUCAUCACAGACAUGCGCGUCCGAGGUAUCGAUGCCAAGGUCACUAUUCAGGAUGAGAAAACUGUUGUGGCAGCCAUGUUGAAAGCGAUUACGAUUUUCGACCCUGAUCCUGAUACAUUGUACCAAAAGAUCAUGGAGAUCCAGGGUGAGGCUGUACUAUCCCUCGACGUUACUAUAUAUAACCAUGCUACAGAGGGGGACAAAUACGCUGACAUGUCAUGCAUGGACACAAGUGUUAACGUCAAGCUUGGCUGUAUCCGCCUUGUGUUUGUCAACAAAUUUGUCAAUGAUUUACUGAUUUUUGUGAACAACUUCCAGGCCGCAAAGGAUCAGGCUGUGUUUCAGGCAGCCAGAGAGAGAAUGGUCCAAGCUGGUCAGUCUGUGGCCGAAUUCUCCAAGGAUGCUGUCAGUAAACUCCAAGAAAAGGCCCCACGAGUUGGUCUCAACAUCAGCAUGCAUGCUCCCCUCAUUGUAAUUCCUAAAAGUUCAUUGUCACGAGAAGUCCUGUUGGCAGAUUUUGGUGAACUUGGUAUUCAGAACAGUUUCCAUCUAGCAGGGAAACUCUCUAGCAGUGGUUUUCCAGCCGUGUUAGAUAGAAUGGUCAUCCAGUUAAAACAACUAAAACUUACAAGAGCAGUGUUCACGAUAACUGGAGCAAGUCGUGGAGAGUGUUUGAUUCUAGAACCUGUCACAAUUACGCUGAAUGUCACCAGGAACCUAUCUAUAUCUUGGUAUACAGAUCAGCCAGAGGUCGACGUCACUGGAUCAAUGGAAGCCAUUGUCGCAAGCAUGAGUCAGGGAGAUUUCAAAAUGGCCAUGUCACUUCUGGAUGAGAAUUUAAAUGAAGGUCAAAGUGACAAAGAGAUCACAGGUCAAGCUCAGACAGGGACUGAACUGUCAAGUGACACUUCUGUAACAGUUUCUCAGGAGACACCUUCAGGAACAUCAUCUGAAGGCAAGGUGGCACCAAAGGUCAGCGAGCCAAUAGAGGUCAAGGUUAACUACACCAAGGUCAAAUUCAACUUCCAAAUGAAGAGUUUGGAAGCAGCUUUAUACACUGGGGAGAGUGUACUGGAUUCCGGUGUCAGUACUAGAGAUCCGGCCAAAUGUCUGGGCAAGGUCGAACUCAAGGUCAUUGCUGUGGAUGGCAAGGUCAUGCUGGAUGGUGCCAUAGUUACCAAGGUCAUUCUCAAGGACACCAUUGUAGAUGAUGCCCGACCAGAGAAACAGAAGGGAGUGACAAGAAUGAUAGAGAGAAACGCUGUUGACUUGUCAGAAAAAAAUAUUGGGACAGGAGGCGUCCAGGGUGCCAACAUGAUUGACGUCAGUUUUACACAAGAGAGCAGUCAGGAUAAGGACAUUGUGGUGAAGGUCAGCAGCCUGUAUAUUUGUGUGUGUGUUGACUUCCUGAUGGCUUUAGCAACAUUCUUCCAAAUGCCUGAACAAAAGAACAAACCAGCAGUAACAGCCAAGGAGGAUAAACUUAAAGCAACACCCUCCAAACAAGUCCAGCAGGCCCCAGUAGCAGAGAUGAGGAUCACGGUUACUAUGGAGAAACCUGAGAUCAUUCUUAUUGAGGACCAAUCAAAACCAAGCAGUACUGCACUCAAGAUGGACACUCAUCUAUCCUUUAAGAUGAGGAUGUCGCCAGAAAGACAGGAAAUGUCAGCAUCCAUCCGUGACCUUCAGAUUAUUUCGUGUGUAUUUAACCAGCGUCAGAAUGUUGGGGCUCAGAUUCUAAAUCCCUGUGAGAUUUCCUUCUACAGUCAGGCACCGUUUGGUAAAGGUGCACACAUGGACUUGUCUACGACUGAUUUGAUCCUGAACAUUUCCCCGGCAACCAUACGCACCAUCUCAGCUGUGGUGACCACUCUGACGGCAAAGUCUGGUGAGGCAGAACAAGCUGACACCUAUCAGGUACCAACUGACCUCUGGGAAAUUAAAAGAUUGAAGGGAAAGGACUUCUGGUAUCUGACCACUAAAGAACCGGACUCACCACUCCGAGAACUCAGUGACCUAGAGGAGGAGGAUAAGAGGGAGGAACAGGAUGAAGCUGCAGGAGAUGAAUCCAGCUCAGAAUCGCUGAUUGUUAAGGUUCCUACAAUUGUAGUGAAGAUAGAAGGGGGAGUAGGUAAUAGGACAGUUCCUCUCCUCAUCCUCGAGUCCUCCUUCCAGGGCGAAGUCAAAGACUGGAGUGGCAAGUUAGGUGUGGAGAGCACUCUGAAACUAGAGGUUGCCUAUUACAAUGAAAAACUGACAGUAUGGGAACCUCUAGUGGAGCCGAUUAUGGAAGAUGGAAAACUGAGGAGAUGGGAACUCGGAUUGGAGGUGACCAUGAACGAGUAUUUACCCAUUCCAGCUGAGGAUGAAGUUGAUGGGGAGUCAGAAAACAUUAACUUGCCUCCUCCAAAAAUGUCCAUCAACAUCAGAUCAAAUGAUGCCCUACAGUUGGUCAUGUCUAAAACCUGUCUGGAAGUGUUAAACAACCUGGGCAAGUCAUUUGGAGAGGCGUACCAGUUGGUGGAGCCGACAGAGAAAGCAGGUGUUGUUAUGUCACCAUAUGUAAUCAAAAACAACACAGGAAUUCCAAUGGUGAUGAAGCUGGACAAUUCCUUUGAGAUGCCAGAGGAUGCCUCCAACAUGAAGGUCAAACUGUCUCCGACUCGUCAGCUGAAUUUGUUUACAAGGAAGAAGAGUGUGUUGAGUAGGAAGGCUUCAGUGAUUAAAGCUACACAAGAGGGUGACGAGAAAAAACUCAUCUUCCAGAUGGAGCAGUACAAUGCAACAAGGGAGGUAACUAUUAAACGGGCAGAGAAACGUCUGUACCAAAUCAACAACAGGACAAGUGCUAAUGAGGUGUGGGCUGUCGUUGUAUGUACAGACUCCCAUAUAGGACAGAGGAUUGUCUCCCUUAGAUCUAUUGUACAGGUUAAAAACCAUCUGCCCCAGACUGUGGAGGUGUUCUUCCGGGAAGGCUCUAGGAUUUCCUCUUGUGGUUUUGUAUCAGCAGAAGAGGUCAUAGACAUUCCUUUACACAGGAUAUACACAGAUACUGGAGAGUUCUUCUUUAAACCUGUCACAGAAACAGACGAGUACAAAGUAUCGAAGGAAUCGGUUGGUUGGCGGUCUGCGGCCAAUCUUGGUACAAAACAGCUGAGCUGUGAGGGACGGCAGGGACACAGUCCCUUCUAUAUGAAUGUGUGGGCGGAGUGUGAACAGAUUUACUUUGAGGAAGGGGACUCAAUGACAGCCAAGUCCUACACCCUACAUCUCUCACCUACUGUGAUACUACACAACCUCCUGCCUUUCCCCAUCAAGUUCUUGUUAGAGGGCACUGAAGGUUACCAAACCCUUGACAGGGGAGAGAACUCACCACUGACUAAUGCUGGAGUGGGCAGGUCCAACCUGGAGAUAAUUAUUCCAAACUAUAUGGAUAGGGAAUGGACAGGACGUAACCUAUUGAGGGUUGACAUACCAGAUCUUUCUCUGUGGUCAUUCACCGGCUUUAUAGGGGCUCAAAAAGUAGAUAUGGACAUGGGUUUCCAUUGUAAGAAGGCGUCUGGCAGUAUGGAUCUCUCUCUGUAUAGCCCCUACUGGAUGAUCAACAAGACAGGCCAGCGAGUUCUCUACAAGGCGAGCGACUCUGAAGAUGUGAUAGAACAUCACCAUGACAACCAGGAUGCAGUUCUAUUCUCAUUCAAACAGAAGUCAUUUUUCACAGCAAAGAAAAAGAAAAAUAAACAUACCGUAAAAUCGGCCCUGGCCGAGCCAGCCUUUGUUGUUAAUACAACACUCAAUCCAGAGGAACUUCAGGAUUAUAGGAAGGGGAUGGAGUGGCAGGAAGGAAAGGAUCAUGGGAAAGACAAAAAAGUGAAGGAAUGGAGACAAAGUGGGAAAGCCUGUUUAAAGAUAGGAGAUACAGAAUGGUCAGACAAAUUCUCUCUGGACGUUGUGGGAAGUUCUGGAACAGUCCAAUGUAAGACCAAAACAAGAACAUAUGAGGUGGGUGUGAACAUUGUGCUGUCACAGAGUGGACUGACAAAGAUCUGUACAUUCACGCCAUACUACAUGUUGCUCAACACUGCCGAUCAUUCCUUACUGAUUGCUGAGGUCACAUCCACAGAGACGUGGUAUGAAGUGAAGGCCAAAGAGUGUCAGCCAUUUUGGCCACAACACACGGGAAAAGAAAUGAAGAUGAAAGCAAAAGUGAUGGGUUCAGAAUCUGCAACUUCAGAAUUCCUCUUCAAUAAAGCUCACAACACACUUGCCAGGCUUGAUGACAAGUACGGCGGUGUUAAUGUAGACUGUCAAGUGACCGAGUCUGCCAUGUUAACCACCUUCAGCUCAUAUAAGGACGGCAUGGCAACUGUACAAAUAGUCAAUCACACAGAGGCAGCGUCUGUCACAUUCCAUCAAAGUGGUUCUAAGAAUACCAAUCUCCUGGGUCCAGGUCAUUUCAUGAUGUACACCUGGGAGAAUUCUACUGACAAGCGAGAAAUUGUCUGGAACUGUGGGGAUAAAAAAGAUGUGAAAAACACACUUGUUGAGGAUGGUUAUGGCUGGUUUGCCCUGUCUGCUGACAACAAUGUCUAUUGGGUGUCCUUCCUGGAUGGUAUGCAGAGAGUCCUACUGUUUACCGAGGAUCUACAGCUAGCCACGCUAGCUCAACAGGCUGGAGAGCUGGAGCAGAUUGAACAGGAAAUCAAUGUCUGUAUCCAAGGCCUGGGUCUCUCCCUUAUCAACGACCUCAGUCAGACAGAAGUUGCCUUCCUUGGGAUCACAAGCUCUGGGAUUAUAUGGGAGGAAAAGAAGAAACGAUACAAAGCUCUCAGCAUGAAGAAUGGCAUUGUACUGGAGGAGGCUUAUCAGAAAUACCUCACAGAGAUAGAUCUCGGGCAUAACCCACCCGCCCACCUCAACCUGGAAAACAAAAUGGAGGUGGAUUUCAAUGAGAUGAGGAUGAUCCGUCCGAACAGUCGUGGAAUAAGACGAAGUUUCCAAGAGGGAAUCUGGCUCCAAUACAAAACCUCUCCUCAUCAGAUCCAGCUCCACGCCAAAAUCAACAGACUUCAGCUGGACAACCAGAUGACCGGUGCAGUGUUCCCAACCGUCCUCUCACCCGUCCCUCUGCCAAAGUCAGUAGCUGCAGAUAGUGUGCCGAAGCCGUUCACAGAAGUCAGUAUUAUGUUGAGGAAACAUGAGCACGACAAUAUGCUCCAAUUUAAGUACUUUAAGGUCCUGGUCCAAGAGAUGCAGCUGAAAGUUGACCAGGGAUUUCUCAACAAUAUCAUUGAUCUCUUCUCCUCCAGCCAAGACAUCUCACGAGAACAGGAGACUGCUCAGUUCCUUAUUGACUGUGACAAGGUCAAGGUGAAGUUGAUGGAUGAAGUUGGACUUUCAUUAGCUGACGAACAGAAGAACUUCUAUGAUUACCUCCACUUCUCGCCGAUUAAGAUCCAUCUGAGUUUUUCACUACAAGGAGGAGGUGGUGACGGGAAACCAACACAAAUCCACGCGAACGUCAUCAACAUUUUCCUACAGAGUGUUGGCGUGGUCCUGACUGAUGUACAGGACGUAGUCUUCAAACUUGGAUUCUUCCAGAAAGAACACUGUUUUUAUAACCAGUCACAGCUGGUGGGACAGAUGAGCAUGCACUAUGCAGGCCAGGCUAUUAAACAGAUGUAUGUAUUAGUACUGGGACUGGAUGUCUUAGGAAAUCCAUUCGGACUUCUACGUGGAAUGGCGGAGGGUAUUGAAGAUCUCUUCUACGAACCUUAUCAGGGAGCUAUACAGGGACCUGAAGAGUUUGCUGAAGGCCUGGCCCUUGGAGUGAGAAGUUUAUUUGGACAUGCUGUUGGUGGUGCUGCUGGUGCAGUGUCAAGGAUAACAGGGACACUGGGAAAAGGUUUUGCAGCCUUGACCUUGGAUGAUGACUAUCAGAAGAAGAGACGAGAAGCCAUGAACAAACGUCCAGCCAAUGUUAGGGAAGGGUUAGCUCGAGGAGGCAAGGGGCUCGUCAUGGGCGUGUUUGAUGGUGUAACUGGCAUUGUGAGGAAGCCAAUAGAAGGGGCCAAGAAUGAAGGAGUCGGAGGCUUCUUUAAAGGUGUUGGAAAGGGUUUGGUUGGUGUGGUUACCAGGCCAACCAGUGGAGUGAUUGACUUUGCCAGCAGUUCACUGGAGGGAAUCAAAAGGAUUACAGACUUUUCAGAUGAAAUUCGUAGGAUAAGGCCCCCGAGACGUUUCCAUAGUGACAGAGUUAUUCGUCCUUAUAACAAACAGGAAGCAGAAGGCUAUGCCAUUCUUAGUGAAACUGAGAAGGGUAAAUUUGCCGCCACAGACCAUUAUGUCGCCCAUCUUGUCCUUAGCCGUGACAGUAAACAUGUCCUCCUCGUCACUGACAAGCGGGUGAUCUUUGCGAACCGUGGAGAAAUUUUCGGUCACUGGGACGCUGACUGGACCUACACCUGGGUGGAAAUGAAGGAACCACCAAAAAGGUCACAAAAGGGCAUCGAAAUCUACCUCAAGGAAAAAGAAAAGAAGAAAUUUCUCUUCAGUAGUAGUACAGCCAAGAAGGAGGUGUCUAUUGGAGAUCAGCGACUGGCCGAGUGGAUUGCCAGUAAAAUCAAGGACACCAUGAUGAGAGGAAAGUAAUUACAGAAAUUUUCAUAUCUGCAACUCUGCUGCCACCUAGUGAGCAAAUACGCAUCACCACAUUGUUAGCAAAAAAGUGCUGCCACCUAGUGAGCAAAUUUACAUUGCCACCUUGUUAGCAAAUAAGUUCUGCCACCUAGUGAGCAAAAAUAUAUUGCCAUCUUUUUGACAAAAAUGUAUUGCCAUCUUUUUGGCAAAUAAGUGCUGCCACCUAGUGAGCAAUUGAGUGCUGCCACCUAGUGAUGUUACUGACUUUGUCUUGUAUGCUGCUGAUGCACUAAAAUGGAACUUUAUUCAGCAGGAUGAAGAUCAAAUGGUUAUCAUCUCACUUAGUGAGUUUAAAAAAUGACUGUGGACGAUGUCAAGCUGCGCCUUAAAAGUGUCUUAAAUGGCUGGGUGAUUUUUUUUGUUUGCAUAUAUAUAUGAAUAUAAUUAUAGAUUAGAAAAGUGAUAUUUUAUUGCCAUAUGCUUAAGUUAAUUGAUGUAAAAUAAAGCAGGAAAUAUUCUGCUCUGUAAAUACUCGUGCACUUCAAUUUUGACAGAGAAAGCCUGACAGAAAACUGAUACUGUGUAAAACAACUAUAUAUACCAGGUGUACACACUUCAGUAAUACUUGUUAGUGUCUUAUAGUUUGUGAUCCAAGAAAGAGAUUGGGAACGAAAUAUAUCGUUUGUUUUAUUACGAUUUUGUCGCCUGGUAAACUGGUGAUUGUUUUAUUUGAAUUCUUUUGAUUUUUGUCAAAUAGUAUAAAAUAUCAAAGGGGAAUAACUCAUGCAAUAACACCAGUUUCUCGUUGAAAGUAUACAAGUUAAUUUUGUGAUGGAAAUUUCAAUGUAUCAAUCCUUUAUUUUAGAUAUAAUAUAGUAAGUCCAAACACUUACAUAUUAAAUGUACAAACCCACGCUCAAAUCUGUUGUGCCAUUUGUUGUAACCAGAAUUGUAGAUACAUUUAUCUUUGAAUUAUGUCCCGGUCGUAAUAUUAAUACAUAUAUACAGUUACAAUAUUACUUCUAGAUACAAUGUUUACCUUUUGGAAUAAAUGGCAUCCAAGCCUUUAUAUAUAUUGAUUAUUUGUUUACCUUCAAGCCUAUAUGCAAAUUUUUUAUUAUU